UCUGCUGGGACCUGAGUGAAUGGCCCCCAAGGACAGCGCAGAGCCUCUGCCUCUGCCACCUCCUCGGGGCUGGGAGUGGCCUGGAAAGAUAGUGGCCAUGGGUGCCCUGGCAGGCUUCUGGGCCCUCAGUCUGCUCACUUAUGGCUACCUGUGCUGGGGCCAGGGCUUAGAAGAGGAGGGGCCCCUGAGAGCUCAAGCUGGAGAGAGACCUGAAGAAGGCUCCACUGGCACCUCCCAGCCGCAUCUCAUUUUCAUCUUAGCUGAUGAUCAGGGAUUUAGAGACGUGGGCUACCACGGAUCUGAGAUAAAGACACCCACUCUUGACAAACUCGCUGCAGAAGGAGUUAAACUAGAGAACUACUAUGUCCAGCCUAUUUGCACACCAUCCAGGAGCCAGUUUAUUACAGGAAAGUAUCAGAUCCACACAGGACUCCAGCAUUCUAUCAUCAGACCUACCCAACCCAACUGUCUACCUCUAGACAAUGCAACCCUACCUCAGAAGCUAAAGGAGGUUGGCUAUUCAACUCAUAUGGUUGGGAAAUGGCACUUGGGGUUUUACAGGAAAGAAUGCAUGCCCACCAGGAGAGGAUUCGAUACUUUCUUUGGCUCCCUUUUGGGAAGUGGAGAUUAUUAUACACACUACAAAUGUGACAGUCCCGGGAUGUGUGGCUAUGACUUAUAUGAAAAUGAUAAUGCUGCUUGGGACUAUGACAAUGGCAUAUAUUCAACACAGAUGUAUACUCAGAGAGUGCAGCAAAUCUUAUCUUCUCAUGACCCCACGAAGCCUAUAUUUUUAUAUGUUGCCUACCAAGCUGUCCACUCACCACUGCAAGCCCCUGGCAGGUACUUUGAACACUACCGAUCCAUUAUCAACAUAAACAGGAGGAGAUAUGCAGCCAUGCUCUCCUGCUUAGACGAAGCAAUCCACAAUGUGACCCUGGCUCUAAAGAGAUAUGGUUUCUAUAACAAUAGUAUUAUCAUAUACUCAUCAGAUAACGGUGGACAACCCACCGCAGGAGGAAGUAACUGGCCUCUCAGAGGUAGCAAAGGGACAUAUUGGGAAGGGGGCAUCCGGGCAGUUGGCUUUGUGCACAGCCCACUUCUGAAAAACAAGGGAACUGUAUGCAAGGAACUUGUGCACAUCACAGAUUGGUACCCCACCCUGAUUUCUCUGGCUGAAGGGCAGAUUGAUGAAGACAUUCAGCUAGAUGGUUACGAUAUCUGGGAGACCAUAAGUGAAGGUCUUCGUUCACCCCGAGUGGAUAUUCUGCACAACAUUGACCCCAUUUACACCAAGGCAAAAAAUGGUUCCUGGGCAGCAGGCUAUGGAAUCUGGAACACUGCAAUCCAGUCAGCCAUCCGCGUGCAACACUGGAAGCUGCUCACUGGAAAUCCUGGCUACAGCGACUGGGUCCCCCCUCAGGCUUUCAGCAACCUGGGCCCAAACCGAUGGCACAACGAGAGAAUUACCUUGUCAACCGGCAAAAGUAUCUGGCUUUUCAACAUCACGGCGGAUCCAUACGAGAGGGUAGACCUAUCCACUCGGUAUCCUGGCAUCGUGAAGAAGCUGCUGAGGAGACUGUCACAGUUCAACAAGACCGCAGUGCCGGUCAGGUACCCCCCGAAGGAUCCCAGAAGCAACCCUAGGCUCAACGGGGGAGUCUGGGGACCGUGGUAUAAAGAGGAACACAAGAAAAAGAAGACAAACAAAACUAAGGCUGACAAAAAGCGAAAGAAAAGUAAAGCUAGGAUGAGAAAACAGCUGACAGUGCACUCUUCAACAAAAUGCCACCCAAGCGUUACCGCUGGCUAAAUGCAAGACUUUCAGACUUGGUUAAGCUUAAAUCUCCUGGUUUCUACAUAAUUCGGAGAAUUUGCCUCAGAAAUACCACUGCCCGCCGCCUCAGGCUUAUUUUCUCUUUGCUCUCUGCCAGCAGCUCCUGGCACCUGGCUGCCACGUGGACAAAACCACCCUCCUGAGUGCCAAAGGCAAUGCUCCUGCAGGCUGUUUAUU